ACAGAAAAGAGUUGCAAUAAAAGCUUUCCCUCCGUAUUCCGUAACCAGCUUUCCCACGUUUUCUCGUAUUUUCAUCUCCAUUUUUCCGCCAUUUGGUCUGAGCUUCAGGUACCAGUAUGAGCCUUUCUACUCUGAGACUCGAUUUAAAUCCUAUUUCAUCUCCUCGGAGUAGCUUUCAUGGCGGAAAGAGCAGAAACCAUAGGCCUUUUUUGCUGUCCCCAUGCGCUUCUAGGACCUCCCGGAAGCUCAUAGCAUGCUCUGCAAAGGCUGCGGCUUCUUCCUCCCCGUUGGGAGCGGCUGAGCAGACCGGAUACGGUUUGGACCGAGUUAAAUCGCUGAGUCAGGUUUCGGGCGUGCUGGGUUGCCAGUGCGGUGAUGAAGUCAAAGGGAAGCUCGUUGAUAUCUUGGCUGGGCAUUUCGACAUUGUUGCUCGCUGUCAGGGUGGAGCAAAUGGUGGACAUACCAUAUAUAAUUCUGAGGGAAAGAAGUUUGCUCUUCUCCUUGUUCCUUCUGGAAUCCUCAAUGAGGAAACCCUCUGUAUUAUUGGAAAUGGAGUUGUUGUGCACCUACUGGGAUUAUUUAAAGAAAUUGAUGGCCUUGAAUCCAAUGGAAUCUCUUGUAAGGGAAGGAUACUGGUAUCUGAUCGUGCACAGUUGUUAUUUGAUUUCCAUCAGGUAACUGAUGGGCUUAGAGAAUCUGAGCUCGCUAAUUCCUUCAUUGGGACAACUAAGAGAGGGAUUGGGCCUUGUUAUUCAAACAAGAUGAUCAAGCACAUGGAUACUUUUGCCCAGAAACUUGAUCUGUUAUUAUCAGAUGCAGCUUCACGAUUCAAAGGGUUUAACUAUGGCCCUCACAUGCUCAAAGAAGUUAAUCAUUACAAGAGGUUUGCUGAGCGGUUAGAACCCUUCAUUGCUGACACUGUCCAUGUUGUGAAUGAAUCCAUCUCCCAGAAGAAGAAAAUAUUGGUUGAAGGUGGUCAAGCGACAAUGCUGGAUAUUGACUUCGGAACCUACCCAUUUGUUACUUCCUCUAGCCCAUCAGCAGGUGGGAUAUGCACAGGGCUUGGCAUUGCUCCAAAAGUUGGUGAUCUGAUAGGAGUGGUAAAAGCAUACACUACAAGGGUUGGCUCUGGUCCUUUCCCAACAGAGAUCCUGGGGAAACGUGGAGACCUUCUUAGGGUUGCUGGGAAGGAGUUUGGAACUACUACCGGUCGUCCUCGGCGUUGUGGCUGGCUUGAUGUGGUUGCACUGAAAUAUUGCUGUAUGAUCAAUGGUUUCUCUUCCCUCAAUCUCACAAAACUUGAUGUCCUGUCGGACCUCCCAGAAAUUUAUUUGGGAAUUUCUUACAAAGAGAGGGAUGGCACACCAAUCCAGUCGUUCCCUGCAGACCUUCAAGUUCUUGAGCAAUUGAAGGUUGAAUAUGAAGUGUUACCCGGGUGGCAGUGUGAUAUUUCUUCUGCCAGAAAUUAUGAAGACCUUCCGCAGGCUGCACGCAGAUAUGUUGAAAGGAUAGAAGAACUUGUUGGUGUACCUAUCCACUAUAUUGGGGUUGGACCCGGUCGUGAUGCUCUCAUAUUCAAGUGAUUUCUUUAUCAGUCCCUGGAUGACCCAUAGGCGUUUAUCUUGUCCUCAGAAGUCGGGAGAGAUCAAUCCAGAACGAGUUAUCAUCUCUAGAUUUUUAUCCUUCCCGUUCUUGAUUGGGGAUCAAAUCUGUUGACUUCCACUAGGCCAAACUUCCAUGGGAGUUGAUAGUUCUGAAGAUGGGUCAUUGCAAAAUAUGGUUUUGAUAUGGUUUUAUUCUAAAAUCUGAUAUAUUUGAUGUAUGGUUGGCAUGUGGCAUCAUUGAUUUUGUUUUAGGUAUGGUUGGCAUGUGGCAUCAUUGAUUUUGUUUUAGGUAUGGUUUGGCAUCUGUUGACGUUGAUAUUGAGGUGGCUACUGGUUUAAGAGGUCUUCGUUAACCUCUGAAACUAUGCAUGGUUUUGCCAUGGUUUGGGGUUUGCUAUGGCAAUUUGUGUAUUUCAGAGCCCCUCUUUGAUGGAUUUGCUUUAGUGCUCAGUUGUGCUGUUGAGGGAGUUAACAUUAUCGAUUGCAUAAUCUCUGUUAGGUAGACGAAUGACUUUUGUGCCGUUUGCAGAGCUUGCUCAAGCUAUUUUUGAUGCUCAUGCUUACCUUAUUUUAUGCAAAAUUAGUCUGUUUUAUAUUGUUAUAUCUUUUUUUUACUUGUCUUGUAAUAUGAUCUGCCAUAUGGCUCAAAAAAACUGCCCAUAAAAUCAUAGUUUGAUUUCAAAUAAGAUGUCAUAUUUGUGUUAA